ACCUCAGGUUCAGGCUCAGGCUCAGGCUCAGGCUCCGUAGGGUGACGCAACUAGUCUUUGGACAUUUCCCGAACGAGCUAAUCUCCUUCCUCGAAAUCAAACUUUCCUUUCCCAUAUUAUCCUCUCUCUCUCUCUCUCUCUAGAUUUUUAACUACCAUAGUUAUUUUUAGCAGUAGCAGCCUACAGUAGAGUUGUCGGAAGAAGCCUGCGCAGCACGCAUCAUGUAUCAACAACCGUCGUCGUCUUCUUCUUCACCGCAAAAAUCCAAUCUGCCAAGUGGGCUAACAAGGUAUGGUUCGGCCCCGGGUUCUUUUUUAACCCGGGCAGUUGAUUCAGUCAUCGGGGCUGACCGUGAACUCUCUGGUCUUGGAUCAACUCCCCUCGUGGGCCGUCAACAACACUUCUCUGGGGACUCAUCCUCAAUCACCUCGGAGUCGACCUGCAAGGUCAACUCAUCCAGCUGCGAUCGAAAAGCACCCAAAAGUGGCGGCGGCGGGGGGUUGCAGAGGUCGUACGGUUUGAAUGAGAUAGCACAUGGUGCUGGAUCUUUGGUGCGGCAGAGGAGCUCGCCUGCUGGAUUUCUAAGCCAUCUCGCCACUGAAAAUGGAGGUUUCUCAAUUACAAGGGGAACUGGAGGCUAUAACUCUCGCAAUGGCUCUGGUGGUGGCCCCUCAAGGUUGAAGUCUCAAUUGAGCUUCACUAGACAAGACUCUCUUUCUCAGAUAUCUGAAGUUAGUGAGAAUGUUGUUGAAGGCAUCGGCUCUGACAAUGGCAGUCAGAACUCCACUCAUUCUUAUUCUGCGGCUAGCUUUGGUAUGGAAUCUUGGGACACUCCAAAUUCCAUUGUAUUUUCUGGCCAUCCCUCGAAACAAGCUAGGACUGGAGAUGGAGACAUCUAUAACUGUUUCAAUGCGUUAGAAACUCAGUUUAGCUUGCCCCAGACAAGUCUUGAGAUGGCAACAGUGGAGAAGCUGCUACAAAUUCCCGAAGACUCUGUUCCUUGCAAAAUCCGUGCUAAACGUGGUUGUGCCACUCAUCCUAGAAGCAUUGCUGAAAGGGAGAGAAGAACCAGAAUAAGUGGGAAGCUGAAGACACUACAAGACCUCGUUCCUAACAUGGAUAAGCAAACAAGUUAUGCAGACAUGUUGGAGUUGGCAGUGAAGCAUAUAAAGGGCCUUCAAAAUGAAGUGGAGAAACUCCACAAAGAAUUGGAAGGUUGUACUUGUGGAUGCAAACAAUCAACCCCAUGAUCUUGCCAACAAAGGAGAUCUAAAUCGACCGGCAAAAUCUAUGCUUUUUGAAUGAAAAAUUUUCACUUCACGGUAAGGUUACAUGGUCUCUUAAGAGUACCAUGCUGUCAGGCUGAAAUCUUCAAAACAUUGACCUGACAAAUUCAUGAAACAAGAUUGUGAUUCAAGGAUCUUGAAGGCAUGGAAUCAGGCAGGCUGAUGUUGUCUUAACAAAUUUCAGUUUAACAAUUGCACCGUUGGGGAAUCAAACUCUAAGCUGUAUAUAGAGAAGUAAUACUGUUGACUUGUAGUCCAUCAGAAAUCAUGCAUGUAAAAUGCUGUUUAAUUUCCCUCCUAGUUUUGCCUGGUAUUAAUUCGAGGAUUGAGAGAAUAUUUGAACCUGGCCA